CCAAGUUGCGGCAGCAGGGCCCUCAGGUGGACAUUGCUUACCCGCGCCUCGCCCAAGGCACCUAAUCCACGCGCCGCUCCGAACCGCAGCCCAAAAUCCGCCAUGGUCUCAACCACCGAGACGGGCGCAGCGCCCGCUGACGGGGCUCGCGCCCCUGAACACCACGAUUCGGACACCAUCCAGCCGAGCCCGCAAGUCGUUGGCAGCAACACCAGCGAGAAGAGCGAGGUUCUGCCGGCGCUGCAGCACAAGGCUAGCUCUAGUAUCAGCGGCGGCGACCGUGACCUGGACGGAAAGAACGUCUCGUUGCCAGCUGCACAGUAUGACGUCGACCCGGAGAAGCAGAGCACGCACGUCGGCUCGGUUCACGAUGGCCGGUAUAGAAAUGCAAAGCCCUACACGUACGGAUAUUACCGGCGGUGGAGACAUUGGAGGAAGCUCAUUCACUUGAUCGUCUUCAUUGUGUUUACUGCGUGAGUCUCUCCCUCCCCGCCCUUUCGCUGUUUACUUUUCGUCCAUUUCCUCUGCACCGUGAUGCUCGGCCUAUUUUUAUUUCUUUUUCCUCCCGUCAUUUUGGGAGC